AUGAUCGGGUUAAGUGGCGACAGUUCACUUUCCUCUAAAAUGCUGGCUUUUGUCCUGGCUAUAGUUUUGGUGAAUAGCCCAGCUCUAGUGGUUUUCGGGUUGAAAACUACACCGGGUUCGCCCUGCACUGAUGUGUGUGGUACAACGACCAACACUACAUCAUCCGAGAUUGCGUGUUUGGAUCAAUCAUACAACCAGACAUCAGUAGGGAAAAGUUUCAAAAACUGCAUCUCUUGCCAGUUGGACAGCGAGUUCAACGAUGCGGAGACCGGAGAAUCAGACGUGAACUGGGGACUCUAUAACCUGCGAUAUGCUUUCUCGACGUGUGUGUUUGGAUCUCCAGACUCGAUCUCGAAUGUUUCGUCACCGUGCCCAGUCGCAUGCGAUGGCGUGCGUUUGGCAGUUGAAACAGACGUUAAAUCCCCAGACACAUCGAAUCUGGACUCGUGGUGUGAAAGCCCGUCGUUUGCAGAUAAUGUAGUCAACACCUGCGAGUUCUGCUACAACUUGACAACCACCCAAGUUUACAUGGCAAACUUCCUCGAGUCCAUCCGCUACAACUGCCAUUUCAAGACAGUAACGGGCAAGACCUUCGACAUAGCCCCAACGAGAAUCUUCAGCCAAUCGCUCCUCCCCUCAAGUCUCUCUCUCACAACGCCCACUGCAAAAUCCUCAAACCUGAAUCUGGGAGUGGUGAUCGCCGUGCCAAUCAUAGCAUUCUUAAUUAUCGUCUCAUCCCUCGCGAUAUGUUGCUUUUUCUUCAUCCGGCACCGACGCAAGAAGGCCCGUCGGAACCGCAACUCACCUCAUCUGUACAACCACUGGAACGAUGGGUCGCCGAUCAGCGCGCAACAGCACCAGCAGGCCUGGGCUGAGCAACAGAUGUAUAAUUCCGGCGGGUAUGGCCACGGUUCAGGCUUUGCAUUUGUUGAUAAUGAUGGCCGCGGACAGGAGCUUGCCUAUGGCCCUGGCCAGGACCAACAUUAUCAAAGCCAGCAGUAUCAGCAGCACUUCCAAGGUCAGGACAAGUCAACCUUCACGCAGGAUAUUAUCGAAGAGCCUGCACCACAGGAAUACCAGCAGCAGCGUGCUCAGGUUCCUGCUCGCUCUCAGGUCUUUGACCCGGAUCAGAAGGGCCAGCAUGUUCAGGAUCCUGUUCAUCCGCAGGUCUUGGACCCGGAUCGAAAGGACUCUCAGCAGUGGCAGUGA